GCAAUUCAGUAGAAUAAUCGACGAAAAUUUUCUCUAUAGAGAACUCAUACGCAUUACUUUUCCUCUGCCUCGAUAACUGCAGAGAGAAAGACGACGAGAAAACGGUUUGAGGCCAAACAAAAUUAAGACGAAUCGGCGGUUCGUUUAUCGCUUCUCUGGUAAGUAGGGAAUUUUGUUAUUGGUUGUUAUUUCAUGGAAAGUGUGGGAGAUGAAGAACCAGCUUUAAAACGAACAAAAUUGUCUUCGGAGGAAUUCGUCGGUCACUCUAACGGUUCAUCUAUGGAGCAUGUUGUAUGUCCUUCAAGUGACAUAUCAUCAGCUGAAGGGGACGGCGAAGAUGUUGCUUCAAAAGGGGUCUUAAAAAGAGGGGAGUUUGUAAGGAUGAUCACUAAGGCGAUGUAUUCUCUUGGUUACAAGAAGAGUGGGGAACACUUAGAGGAGGAGUCUGGCAUACCUCUGAAUUCGUCUGCGGUAAAUCUGUUUAAGCAGCAGAUACUUGAUGGUGAUUGGGACAAAAGUGUAGCCACAUUGAAUCAAAUUGGUCUAGAAGAUGAAAGCAUUGUCAAGGCUGCCUCAGUUUUAAUAUUGGAGCAGAAAUACUUUGAGCUUCUUGAUGGGGAUAAGGUCAUGGAGGCAUUGAAGACAUUGAGGACCGAGAUUACACAUCUUUGUGUUGAUAGUGCUAAAAUUCGCGAACUUUCUUCAUGCAUGUUGUCAGCAUCUGACCAAGGUGGUUCUUCUGGACGAGAUUUUGUAAGGGCGGGGACUCGGUUGAAACUGUUGGAGGAACUACAGGAUCUGGUUCCCCCGACUGUAAUGAUACCUGAGAAGAGAUUAGAACAUCUUGUUGAACAAGCCCUCAUCUUACAACGAGUAGCUUCCUUGUGCCACAACUCAUUGAAUAAGAAAAUGAUAUUGAAUCAUGAUCAUUGCGAUGGAAAAUCUCAGAUAACUUUAGAUCAAUUAGCUAAUGCUUCUGCUGUUUCUGAUAAUAAUGAAGUGGUGACCUUGACCAAAGCAGAUUUUGAAAGAUUCGCGACAUGUGCUGUAAAAGUGGACAGGCUAGAAGAAGACUACAAGAAGUUGGUGAGCAUGCUUUCUGAAGUCGUGAACCUGCUUCGAGUUCUUCCUCGGUAGAUUUUAAAUUCUGUUAAUGUUUUCAUUUUUAUCAAUAAUGUUAGAUUUUAUGAUGUGAUUUUUAUUUUCAUCUUUAAUUUUUUGUCUAAUGCCAAAAGGAAUAUAAUAUAUUUUUUGUUGAAUGCUCUCAUUUAUGCCCAGAAAUGUAAGUGCCCUCUUCUAUCAAGUUUUUAAACUUCAAUA